UAGUGAUUCAGGGGCCCGUUUCAAAAUGCUGCUGACCUGUCCUACCCCGAGAAAGGGACAUUAAAUACAGUAGUAUUCCUUUAAAAUGGUUUCUCAUACACAUAUUAGGAAGUAUUUCACUGAUGAGAUGUGAGAUAUGCCACAUGAAUUUCAUCACUUUAGUUUGUCAGACCACACUAUGUGUGUGACAGUUUCUGCUGUAGACAGUUUACGUUACCGUCUAAGGCAAGUAUCGACUUCUUCACUAUAUUUUCUGUUCAUUUUAAUGUUCAAAAUAAAUGAAAGGAGAUUAAUUCUGAGUAAUGAGAUUCAAUAUGUUCUAAUGUACUGCUGUUUGUUCAUGUAUUAGCUUUACAACUGAAGGACAUGGUGUAUUUGAUAUGGGGAUGGUUUAAUGUGUUGUGUGAGUUAAGUUACUCCACCAGUAAGUGUAUGUUUGUACUGUUUCAGGUGAUCAGUAGUGUGUGAGUUCUCACAUGGCUUGUUCUGAGAACAUGUUUUUUCUCAUUGGCCUCUUUAUGUCAGGUGUUUUGGCCUGUUUUGGUCAACGAAAUUUGAUCGCCACAAUGCCAGAUAGACUGGAUGUACUGACGGGCUCCUGUGUGCAAAUCCCAUGUUCAUUUGAUAUUCCUGACCAUAAGUAUACAUUUAACAGCACCAUACUAACCUCUGGAGUGUGGAUUAAAGGAAAACCAUACUUAGGUGGGCGUCCGGACAGAGUGAUAUUUAACAGUAGUAAGACGGUCAACAGAUAUCAAGGGAAGAUAACUGGAAACAUGUCCCAGAAGAACUGCACCACAGUCUUCUUCAAUGUAACCACCAGUUACUCUGAUAAAUACUACUUAAGGAUUGAGAGUCAACCAUUCCUUGCAACAGAUCCUGAUAAGUCUGUUAAUAUAGUUGCCAGUGAUUUGCCUUCCAGUCCCAUCAUUACUGUCUCAGGUGAGGUGAAGGAAGGGACCCCUGUCAGUUUGAACUGCUCUGCUGUCGCUCCCUGUCCCGAACACCCCCCUGAGCUGACAUGGACUCUCCCAACACAGUUCACAACUGAGAACCAAAUGCAAGAGAAUUCAGACCAAACCAAAUCAGUUCUCUCCACGGUGACCUUCACUCCGUCAUACCUUCAUCAUGAGAAGAACAUCACUUGUACUGCAGUCUACCCAGUAGGGACAAGCAACAAGACAGCUGAACAUAACAUGAUGCUUAACGUUUCAUGUAAGAUUUAGUAACCGGUUCCUGAAGAAUAGAUCAUUCUAUCAUGUUUUCACUGAUGAUUGUAAUAGAGUGGUUUUGAUGAGACUAUUCAAUAUACCAUAU